CAUACAUACUCGAUACGGAGGGCCCGAGACGGCUAGGGCUUCCCGCUAACUAACCCUGCAUAGUUUCAGAUUCGCGAAUCUCGGACCAGAGUUCCGUCCUCCUCCGGUUGGCGAAGGUUAGGGCCGGGAACCUGUGACCUUGGUAUCCCACAGCCACUCCGCGCGCGCGACAACCGACCUGCAGUCCCGCCACCAACGAGCAAGCGCCGGCCGGCCUUCCUUCGCACGCAGUGUGUGCUGUCCUGUUUGUAGAUGGAGGCGAGAGCUGAAAGGGCGGCCCCACCGCCGUUCCCGCGACGGCUGGAGGAGCUGCGACAGGCGAGGCUUGUCCCGCCAUCAUGGCUCGCGUGGGAGUCUCCGCAGAUCUACCCGGCAUCCCUGCGUAUCCCUGUCCGUGAUGGCCACCACUAGGCUCCUUUUGUCGGACGUCCAUUGCUUAAUGUCUUAAUGUCGGUGGCCGACCGCGGCCAAGCGGAUGGUCGAACGGGGUCCUGUUUUCCCUCUGUAUGUCCAUUAUUCGCAGUGCAU